CACAUCAUAUCUCCUGCGUACAAAGCACGUGGUACAAGCUACGAGCAUAAGGCGGGCGAGAGAUAACGAGCAAUGGAGAGCGGAAAAAAGAAAAGGAGAGAGAUGAAGGAAGCGGUGGAGAGCGGAACUAGGAAAAUGAUAGAUAGGGAGGAAGCAAUGGACAGCGGAAAAAGGAAAAAUCGAGGGAGGAAGGGGCGGCGGAAACCCAAGGAGAACUCCUUUGGAUCUCACUCACCCUCCCUAUCACGACAACAAGUCCCGCAGACAACAAGAUCAGCAAUUACUCAGCAGCAGCAGCAGCAGCCUCCAUCAAAGCGCAGAAAAUGCAUGGAUGGGCCCAGCACUAGCUCUUGCUCAUCUUCUUCAAAAUCCACCCCCUUUCUUGACAAGAUGAGGGCUAGGUUGAAGGGUGGCCAUUUCAGAAUGAUAAAUGAGAAGUUGUACACUUGCAGUGGAAAUGAGGCGCUUAGCUUUUUUAAGAAGGAUCCAACACUAUUUAAUGUGUAUCAUUCAGGAUAUCAAGAGCAAAUGUCACGUUGGCCAGAGCAGCCAGUCAAUAUCAUAACCAAAUGGCUAAAGGAUCACAACCCUUCCUUCACUGUCGCAGAUUUUGGCUGUGGAGAUGCACGACUUUCAAGAAAUGUGAAGAAUAAAGUCUUCUCGAUUGAUCUCAUCUCAAAUGACCCAUCAGUAAUUACUUGUGACAUGUCGAGUACACCCCUCGACUCUUCAUCAGUGGAUGUUGCUGUCUUUUGUCUUUCAUUAAUGGGAACCAAUUACCAGAGUUACUUACAAGAAGCAAACAGAGUACUUAAGCCAUGUGGGUGGCUUUUGAUAGCAGAAGUAAGAAGCAGGUUGGACCCAAAAAAUGGAGGAGCAGACCCAGAGAUGUUCUCCAAAGCUGUCCAGGGGCUUGGGUUUACUUCCAUAUCUAAGGAUUUCUCGAACAAAAUGUUCGUGCUUUUUUACUUCAAGAAAAAGGAGGGUAAAAAACGAGUUAAGGACAUUGAGUGGCCAGAGUUGAAGCCUUGUCUAUAUAAGCGUCGCUAAGUAGAGCAGAAUUUGACUAAGAAACGUAGAUGACUGGGCCGGCCUUACCUGGCUGGCUGGUUAGAGAUGAGAGUGGUUAUGCCGACGGAUGGUGGCCUUACAUCUGUGAAGAAAUAUCACAGUUGCAGGAGUCUGUCGGUCCCAACGGCGAGAUAGUGAUGCAUCAAAGAAAAAAGAAAAUUCCAUUGGUUGGUCUAACAUGCACCCAAAAAAUGGCCAUCCAGCACAGCAUCCAUGUGGGCCCUGCAUUAGGGGGAUUGCUCCCUUGGGCUACUGAGAUUGCUGAUUUGAGUCAGCAAGCACUCGUUUUUAUGCUUGGCAAGUGGCAAUAGAGAGCUUUUCAUUCUUGCCAUAUGGGGAUGAGAAAUUUUCCAUACCUUUUAAGAGUGCUUGUCGGAAAGUGACAUGGCACUUGGUUUAAUAAGUGCAUUUGUUUUCAAAAUCUCAGUCGUUGGAACCUACAGCAUGAGUCUGGCAAUGCAUGCUGUGUGCACUAUAAAAGUGGGGCGGAUGGAUGGUCCGUUGUUUCAAACCAUUGACACCUACUUGUGAGAAGCUAUUCACCUGCACGUAGAAAUUCAUUUUGCCUGCACGCCUAUCCACCUGCUUAAUCACGUGCUGGCCCGCGUUGUGUGUAUUCCAUCCAACCCAUACUCCACAAUUCAGGCGUAUUAUAUCAUUAGGUAGGCCACACCAUAUAAAACAAUCAACAACCACAAAAACAUGAAAUUCACGUGGUGAUAUGCAUAAUGGUUGGAUCGGCUUGAUUUUUGGGGUGUCCAUCUGUCACGUUGGGGCGGCUGCUGAUACGGAUUGGAUGCCGUAUACACACCAUGGAUGCUGAUACAAUUUUUUGAUGGAUGGAAUUGAUGAGAAUAUAUUUCGUUUUUGGUGUGAUAUUAUGAAAUUAGGUAUUGUCCAAUUUUUGGAUAAAAAAUGUGGUCCCCAUGUUAUGUUGAUGUGGUGGGGCCGUUUUGCCAAUUUUUUUUUGGAUGGGCAUGAUGUAUGAGAAUAUCUAUUUUCUUCUGUGAUGUUAUGAAAUGGGUUGAAACAAAAAAUAAAAAAUAAAAAAUAAAAA